AAGAUCUAACCGUAGCUAUUGGUGACGAGAUUCGAGAUACGUCGGCAAUCUCAGAUCUCAAUAACACUUUCGAGACCACCAGAGUGCGUCUUCGCGGUAAUAUGACCCGUAUGCUGCGGAUGGCAGAACGCACCGGUGUGGGUUGGCGAGUCUGGCUGGCGUUCUUCCUGGCCGUCUUCUUGCUAUUCGCAUACGUGUGGAUAACCUAGUCGAUGGGCGCAGGCACCCUUCUCAAAAUCGCUCAGCUCAAUUCUGUCGCAAGUAUCAGUGCACACAUGCGGUAUGGUAUAUGCACAUACAAAACGGGAUCCGUUUCUUGCUCAGCACGCAUGUCAUCCUAUCUGUUUUCUUGUGCUUCGUUACACCUUCCUCUUCAUACUAAUGUUUCUUUCUUCUCGACCAACAUGAUUCAGGCAUCGUGGUGUUUUUUUCUCCACAGUAAACGGGCCUUCAGGCGUUGCACUUCACAUAAACACUCGAAUUACCUCGGCAUUUUGUUCUUGUGGAAAAUGUACUUAAUACUUGUCGUCUCUUUCUCAUGCUAAGCCAUCUUCAAUGCUAUGACUGAGCAUCGUCGGAGUUUGGUCUCUUGGGCGGUUUAGGGCUACCCACUCUAAUCAAUUGACAGAGAUCUUAGUGCUUUUGGUCCUAAAUGUA